AUGCAUGCACUUUACGAAGAAUGGCUUCCUCCCAGUGGUGUCGAGUUUGCCGCAACUCUCAAGUUGACGCCCUCGACUCUAGGCCAGUCUUCGCGUCGGGAGGUGCUCUGCAACGUCGUGACGGCAAGAGGGAACACUUUGAGCAUAUAUGAAGUCCGAGAAGAAACGGCGACGAGCAAAUCACCUACUGAGGCGAAAAGUCAGAAGAAGGACGAUGCGAUGGAAGGCGUAAAGGAGGAGCGGCAAACGCCCGUUGUUCAGGUGCGUUCACUGAGCAAGAAGACCGCGCAAGCGCAGCCGUUAUCCACGAAAUUCCAUCUUGUUCGCGAGCACCGUCUUCACGGUGUUGUCACUGGUCUUCAGGCAGUCAAGAUCAUAUCCUCCCUUGAAGAUCAUUUGGACCGUUUGCUGGUAUCAUUCAAAGAUGCGAAAAUUGCCCUCCUGGAAUGGUCAACUGCUACACAAGAUCUGCUGACUGUCUCCAUCCACACUUACGAACGUGCCAUCCAGAUGGUCGCCACUGAUAUCUCAGCUUUCACCUCUGAGCUGCGCGUAGACCCACAGUCACGCUGCGCUGCGUUGUCUUUGCCAAAGGAUGCCUUCGCUAUCCUUCCGUUCUACCAAACGCAAGAGGAUAUCGACAUGAUGGACCAGGAGCAGGUCCAGUCGAAAGACGUACCGUACUCACCUAGCUUCAUUCUCAACCUCCCAAGCGAGGUCGAGUCUGGGAUACGUAACGUCAUUGACUUCACGUUCCUCCCUGGCUUCAGUAAUCCUACUGUCGCCGUCUUGUAUGAGACGUACCAGACAUGGACAGGUCGUCUGAACGAGCAAAAGGACACCGUCAAAAUGGCUUUCUUCACCCUCGACAUCGUCAACAGAAGGUACCCCGUCAUAGGACUGGCCACCGGCCUUCCUUGCGACUGUCUAUCUGUCCUGGCUUGUCCAAGCACCGGCGGUGUCAUGGUUGUAGCGAGCAACUCCAUCAUCUACGUCGACCAGUCCGGCCGUAAGGUCGUCCUUCCUGUCAAUGCCUGGAUCCCGCGCAUGAGCGACAUCGCGCUACCUACGAACCUUACUCCCGAGGAACAAGCACGCACGUUGGAGCUGGAGGGCUCUCGCUCGAUCUUCGUCGACGAUAAGACGGCUUUCAUCAUCCUCAAGGACGGCACAAUUUAUCCUGUCGAGCUCGUCACCGCAGGACGUGUAGUCUCAAAGCUGGCUCUUGGCACCCCUCUCGCGAAGACGACGAUCCCCUCCAUACUCCGUCGCAUCAAUAAUGACUAUCUCCUGGUUGGCAGCGCCUCCGGAGACUCUGCACUUCUAAGCACAAGCUGGGUAGAAGAAGUGAUUGACGACGACGUGGACAUGGAAGCUAACACGUCCGUGGCUGCGCUCGAGCAGCAGGACAUCGAGAUGGAUGACGAUGAUGACGAUAUCUAUGGACCUUCGAUCAUUAAGACUGGCACGUCUCAGAAGGAGAGCGCGGCGCCGAUGAGCAAGAAGACACGGUCUGUGCUUCGACUAUCCUUCUGCGAUGCCCUACCUGCGUAUGGUCCCAUAGCCGAUCUAACGUUCACGGUUGGCAAGAAUGGUGAUCGCCCCGUCGCUGAACUAGUAACUGCGACCGGUUCGGGUCAUUUGGGCGGCUUCACCCUGUUCCAAAAGGAUCUGCCCUUGCGGAAAAAGAAAAAGCUACCAAUCAUCAGCGGUGCGCGCGGGGUCUGGUCGCUGCCUAUACGCAGAAGUAGCAGCGCAGCUGUGGCCGAACACGACACGCUCAUCAUUAGUACGGAUGCCAACCCCUCCCCUGGUUUCUCUCGCUUGGCCGUUCGCGCUACGAAGGGCGAUCUCUCCGUCGUCUCUCGCGUCAACGGCAUGACCAUUGGCGCGGGCCCCUUCUUUCAACGCACGGCUAUACUUCACGUCAUGACGAACGCGAUACGAGUGCUUGAACCAGACGGCAACGAGCGUCAGAUAAUCAAGGACAUGGAGGGCAACGUGCCCCGUGCCAAGAUCAAGUCGUGCAGCAUCUGCGACCCGUAUGUGCUCAUCUUCCGCGAGGACGAUACGAUUGGGCUGUUCAUUGGAGAGACGACCCGCGGCAAGAUCAGGCGGAAAGACAUGUCGCCCAUGGGGGAGAAGUCGUCUCGCUAUACAGCUGGUGGCUUUUUCACCGACACUGCGAGCGUCUUUAGGGUAUACCACCAGAACGCCGAUGCGAACACGGAGACAACGAUUCCUAUGCACUCCGUUGUCGACGCCUCGUCCAAGAGCCAGUGGUUGGUGCUUGUGCGCCCACAGGGCGUAGUCGAGAUCUGGACAUUGCCCAAGCUGACCCUGGUCUUCUCGACUACGCUCCUGGCAACACUGCAGAAUGUCCUGACCGAUUCUCAAGAGCCACCAGCACUCUCACCGCCUCAGGAUCCACCGCGCAAACCGCAAGAGCUCGACAUCGAGCAGAUCCUGCUCACCAACCUUGGACAGUCUGACCCGAAGCCACACCUCCUCGUUCUCCUCCGCAGCGGCCACCUCGCCAUCUACGAAGCCUUCGCGACCAAUCAAGCCCCCAUCGUCGAGCCUCCGCUUAAGCCUCGCGCCAGCAGCCUGCAGAUCCAAUUCGUCAAGAUUGCCUCGAAGGCCUUCGAGAUGCAGCGCACCGACGAGACGGAGAAGGGCAUUCUCGCGGAGCAGAAGAAGGCCCUGCGCACCUUCGUGCCUUUCGCUUGCGCGGGGGCGCCCGCGGGCGUGUUCUUCACGGGGGACAGGCCACAUUGGAUUGUGGCGACGGAUAAGGGCGGGGUGCAGAUGUACCCGUCAGGGCAUGCGGCGGUGUAUGCGUUCAGUGCGUGUACGCUGUGGGAGAGGUCCACAGAGUUCCUGAUUUAUAGUGAGGAGGGUCAAACGCUGUGCGAGUGGAUAACGGAGUACGAAAUUGGUCGACCAUUACCUAUGCGCCAUAUCCCUCGGGGGCGAGCGUACUCAAAUAUUGUGUACGAACCUGCGUCGUCGAUGAUCGUCGCUGCCGCCUCCUUGCGUGCACGAUUCGCGUCCUUUGACGAAGAUGGCAAUCAAAUAUGGGCACCUGAUGGCCCCGGUAUCACAGAGCCCACCGUUGAGUGCUCCACGCUGGAGUUAAUCUCCCCUGAGGUCUGGGCGACAGUCGACGGAUACGAAUUCGCCACGAAUGAGUUCGUAAACACGAUGGAGUGUGUGCCUCUCGAGACCGUGAGCACGGAGGCCGGUGUGAAGCACUUCAUUGCUGUUGGCACGAGCAUUGUUCGCGGCGAGGAUCUCGCGGUGAAGGGCGCGACAUACAUCUUUGAGGUCGUCGAGGUUGUCCCCGACCAGAGCAAUGGUCCGAAACGGUGGUACAGGCUCAAGCUUCGGUGUCGUGACGAUGCGAAGGGCCCGGUGACAGCCCUGUGCGGCAUUAACAACUAUCUGGUCUCUUCGAUGGGACAGAAGAUUUUUGUUCGCGCCUUCGACCUUGAUGAGCGACUCGUUGGGGUUGCGUUCAUGGACGUCGGUGUAUACGUGACAUCGCUGCGCGCUCUCAAGAACCUGCUCCUCAUCGGAGACGUCGUGCGAGGGAUCCAGUUUGUCGCCUUCCAGGAAGACCCGUAUAAGCUCGUCACCCUGGGAAGGGACGUCAGCCGCAUGUGUGCCACCACAGUCGACUUCUUCUUCGCAGAGGAAGCGCUGGCCAUUGUGACCACAGACGAAAAUGGAGUGAUGAGCAUGUAUAACUACGACCCCGAAGCACCCGACUCGCACGACGGCCGACUCUUGCUGAAGCAGACUGAGUUCAACCUGCAUACGGACUUCAGGACAUCGACCUUGAUCGCAAGAAGAACCAAGGACGACCCUAUUAUACCGCAGGGUAUCCUCAUCUUCGGUGGCACCGACGGCACCCUGAGUUGCUUGACACCCGUGCCCGAUGAUGCGGCAAAGAGAUUACAGCCGCUACAGCUGCAGCUCACUCGAAAUAUGCAGCACGUUGCCGGCCUGAACCCCAAAGCCUUGAGAAUCGUGCGCAACGAGCAUGUCUCGCGACCGCUUUCGAAGGGUAUCCUGGACGGCAAUCUGAUUGCAUACUUCGAGCAUCUACCCAUCACUCGCCAGGAUGAGAUGACACGGCAGAUUGGGACGGAGCGCGCGACGAUCUUGCGAGAUUGGAUGUCAUUGAGUGGGACAUGGUAG